CGGAGGAUUUAAGUUGUGUAUAACCUUCAAUUUUCCUAUUUCUUGGUUGUAUUAUAUUUAAAUAUAGUUGUUUAUGGUCAGUUCAUAAUUUGAUUUUGUGGUUUUAUAAGAAAGACCAAAAUGAGUAAUCUUGACGAUUUUUAUAAAAAUGAGUUGGAAUUUGACUUUUAUGGCUUUACUGCCUUGGAAGUGAUUGAUGAAGUUAAAGGUUGUAUUGAGGAUUUGGUCGACGCUGCUGUCGAAGAUAGCAAAAAGAAGCUGUGCAAUAAGUUUGGUUCUAGUAAUGAUAAGGAGUUUGCAGAAAUUAAAAAAUAUUAUUUGGAAGCUGUUGAAAACCAUAAAAUAGAGAUGGAGGAAUUGAUAAAAGAUUCUGUUAAAUUGCCAUAUUCAGCAGAAUCAUUGAGUAAUGAAUCGCAAUCAGAUAAAUCCAAUUUAGAACAAGAAAUAAAAGAUUUACAGUUACGGUCUGCUGCAUUAGACAUUUAUAUGAAGGAAUUGAUGAAGGCAGAGGCUGAGAUUCAGGUUUUCGCUGACACAGAUUUAUCAGAAUUGCAUAAUAAUUUUAAAGAAAUAGAAAUUAAUAUAUCUCAGCUAUCAGAUAACUUUCAUCUGGCUGAAGAGCUCUUCUCUGAAGCCAUUCAACAAAGUCAUCUAGAGCAAUCCUUUAAUAAUUUGUCUAUUAAAUAAAUUUUGUAAAAUAGAAUUUUUAUAAUUGUAAAGAAUUAUUUGUCAUAAUAAAUGAAGUAUUGUAUAAAAAUGAUUAAAGUAUAU